AUGACCUCCCCCGACACCGUCAAGCUCGCAGAUUACUUGCUCACCCGGUUAUCCCAGCUGGGUGUCCAGUCUAUCUUUGGUGUUCCAGGAGACUACAAUUUACGUUUGUUGGACUAUGUUGUUCCUGCUGGUCUGCACUGGGUGGGAAACUGCAACGAACUUAACGCCGCAUAUGCAGCAGAUGGAUAUGCUCGGAUCAAUGGUUUGUCUGCCUUGAUCACCACCUUUGGUGUUGGAGAGCUGUCUGCCUCUAAUGGUAUCGCUGGCGCAUAUGCCGAAAGGUCUCCCGUUGUCCACAUCGUUGGUACCCCACCCCGGCCACUCCAGGACAGUCGCGCAUUGAUGCAUCACACUUUCGCCGAUGGCGAGUACAAGCGAUUUGCUGCCAUGUCCAAACAUAUCACCAUCGCGCAAACUGAAUUGCAGGACGCAGCAACCGCACCAGACAGGAUUGAUUGGGUCUUGCAACAGGCUCUUAUUCAUAGUCGCCCCGUGUACCUUGAGUUCCCCGAUGACAUGCCCCACGUCCUUGUCUCGGCAGCAAAUCUCAAGACACCAAUCAAGGUCCCAGAUGUUCCAAGCCCUGCGUGUGAAUCCGAGGUUAUCUCUCGCAUUCUAGAACGGAUCUAUUCUGCCAAACAGCCCGUCAUCUUUGUCGAUGGCGAGAGCAAGGCACUGGGAAUCGUUGAACAACUCGAAACUCUUAUCACAUCCACCAACUUCCCUACCUGGACUACAGUCUGGGGCAAGGGCCUAGUCAACGAAUCACACCCCAGUGUAUACGGCCUGUACGCCGCGUCGUUCGGUGAUAAACCCGCACAGGAAUACUUCGAAUCAGCCGAUCUGAUUCUUACAUUCGGCCCUCACUACAGUGACACAAACAGCUACUUCGAGAUGACAAUCCCCAAGCCCGCAGCGGCUAUCACGUUCCGGGAUAGCACCAUUCAAAUCGGAUCAGAUAUCUACCGCGACAUCUCUUCUUUCAAAGUCCUCUCCGCCAUCUUGAGCAAACUUGACACCUCUCGCACAACCACCGCCCAAGGUCCACCCAAGCAAGUCACCACACUCGACGAUAUAAAAUCCACCGAUCUAGUUGCACAGAAGAACUUCUUCCGACUUGUUAACCCGCUCUUCCGCGAGGGCGACAUCAUCCUCACAGAAACCGGCACAGCAGCUUAUGGCGGCCGAUCAUUCAAGCUGCCUCCGAAAUCACGACUCUUCGGUGCUGUGACCUGGCUGUCAAUUGGUUUCAUGCUCCCCGCCACCCUGGGUACAGCAUUGGCAAAGCGCGAGCUGAACGCGGCGUCCGGUGCACGGAACCAAGCCAUUCUUAUUAUUGGUGACGGUAGUCUCCAGAUGACAGCGCAGGAGAUUAGCGUGAUGAUUAAGGAGAAGCUAGACAUCCUAAUCAUUAUCAUUAAUAAUGAAGGUUACACAAUUGAGCGUGUGAUCCACGGAAGGAAGCAGGCAUACAACGAUGUCCCCUUCUGGAGACACACCAAGGCUCUCCAGUACUUCGGAGCCGAUGAGGAGGCUGUAAAUGAAAACACAUUUGAGGCACGGACAGUGGGAGAGCUACAGGAGGUGUUGAAGAAUGAGAGGGUCAAGGAUGGCAAGGGAGUCAGGAUUGUGGAGGUCUUCAUGGAGAGAGAAGAUGUACAGGAGGGACCUUUGCUUUGGGUGCUGCAGAAGCAGCUUGCGGAGGAGGAGGCCGCAGCCAAGGCUGCUUAG